AUGUUUAUACUUACGUUUCUAUCGAUAGUGUUGAUACUCUCUCGUGGAAAAGCUCGUCGAGUCGUUGAUGGAGUCAAUGUGGACGGCGGCAACUGGGACCCAUUUCUGUUCGUAUCUAAAGAUUUGGAUGAAUCACCGAAUUACGAUAUAACACGCUGGGUACAGCAAUUGCAUCUGCAGCAAUGCGCUUUCGUAGAAAUCGGAGAACGAUUUUGUGCUUUGUUCGUCGAAUUACGUAGCAUACCUUCCGAGACAAAAGUUCUGGAUAGCUCUGGAGUCGGUGAAUUUUUCCUUGGGAUUUGUCCCUGCUUGACCCUACACUCCUGGGACUUGUGCUCACCCGAACUGACCAGGCUGAGGAAAGCGGACUGCACUUUUAAAGAAGCUACUCCAUAUUCAAAUACAAGUGCAAGAGUUCACAGGCGAUUAUGCGAUGUAACUCUGUUAAUUGAAAAUGCUCCACGCUGCAAUUGUUCCAUUCCUCUAGCUGGCCAGGGGCUGUACAAGAUGAAAGGAUUCCCUACGUGCUUUUUGAAUCCUUUACCCGAGAGCCUGUGCUCACCGCGUGGAGUUUGCGGUAUUGCACAAUGUACCGCGACCACAUUAAAAGGAAUACAUACCCCUCAAUGUGCCUCAAAUUGUCAUCAGAGGCAACCAUUUUGUGAAGAGCUUGGCCCUUCAACUUCGAUGCCGGCAGACAUGAAUUCCUUAUGGUCGCGAUGGUCAUCUCCAAAGUGCAAUACCUCAUGUGGCAAGGGAUUUCUAGUAGCACUUGCAUCGUGCCAAGAUCAAAAGAAAGUCAGCUAUAGAUUGCAUCGGGCCAGGAUCGUUUUGGUGAGGCAAUGCUCGUUUGAGGAAGUUCCCUUGAAUUCCUUGACCGUGAUGAAACAUGUGAACUUUUCUAGCUGCCCGGAUAACUUCGGUAAAUGUUAUUGCGAGGUAAACACCGUCGAUGGAAUUAUGAAAGCGGCCAGGUUCACAGAACCUUGCAUUUCUACCGAAGGGUGUACCUCCAGCAACAGCGGAACGUUCACUUUCGAAGGAGAACUCGAUCUUAGUAACAGCGUUGAUUUGAGCGAAGCUUAUGAGAACGAUGAUCGUGAAAGGUUCGAAGAUAUGUUAUGCUAUUCAGAAACGGUACGGGGAGCACGACGUCAACUUCUGCAAGUUUACGACGCGGACCAAGAGGAAGACUACGGAUUACGCGAAAAUAGAUUAGCGAACAAGAAAUUCAGAGGCGCUCGCCGAUAUCAACAUGUUCAGAAAAAUCGACUGAACAAUGAAGCCAAUGUUGGUCAAGAUGAAGACGAAGACGAAGACGAUGACGAGGACGAGGGCAACGACGAAGACGAGAGCAGUGUAAGUGACGACAGGCCCGAUGAAGACGAGGAUGAUGAGGACGAGGAAGAAAAAGACGAGAUGAUCAGACUCAGAGGCUCCGCGAUGGGUCGUCAGAGCCCCAGAAAUCAUAUUCGAGAAGCGAGACUCGAUCACUCGACGAUUGCGAUCGAGGGUACGCCAGAGGUCGACGAACCUGAAAGGAAAGGGUCUAUGAAGAUCAGAGCCGUUACGGAGGAGUGUGAGGAUGAUUCCACGGAACGACUGCAAUAUUACGAUUAUUACGAGUCUGGUAGAAGUACAUCGUUCGACUUACGGAUUGGCCUUGUACUGAAUCUCACAGCGAUGAGCAUUUUAUUCUGGAUCAUCGAAUACUAGUAAACGAGCUAAGCGAAGAUAACGAUGUCUCUACUUUUAAACGAAGUAUUUACACAUUACACAAUUGAUACUAGCUUCCUGUUGUGAUGAAAAUUAUACGAAUAAAAAAAUGUCCAUUUAAAUUAAAAGUAUAAGAUUCUGAGGCAAAUAUGUACCUAAAUAAAUGUAUUGAACUGCUAUGGCUUGCGAGAUAAAUAGUUGUCAAACAAGAUAGAAUUAGCUGAUUAAGCGAUUCCGUAAUUAUUUUCGAUAACAUACACAGAGUUGCGUUAUGACUUUCUUGUAAUGCACCUUUUUAAAUGAGACAAUGAACCAGCUAAUUACAACAUUUA